GGCCGACUCGAAAGCAGCGAUUGGCUGUCGCUGGUCGUCUCGCAAACGCCUCCGGGUAUAUGGUGUGAGGUGGGUGGGGCGCGGGCAGCCCCGCGGCGCUGGCAGGAAAUCAGACAGCCUCCAGGGCUUGAGAAACUGCUGGUCCAUCCUUACUGAGAAGAGCACAGGAUACUGAAGAAUACCGACUCUCAGCAGGCUGCCAUUUCUUUGCCUCCAGCAGCACCGGACUACAAUCUUACAACUCUGGAUUUCUUCCCCUUGCUCUAAGAUAAAGGCCAUGUCACCUCCUGGAAAAGGUCCCCGGAAAGAGAACCUGGGGCUCCAGUGUGAAUGGGGGUCCUGCUCCUUUGUAUGUUCAGCCAUGGAGGAGUUCUUCGAGCAUGUCACUCAGCACCUGCAGGAACACGUGCAUGGCUCCAAGGAGGAGGAAGAAGAGGACCCACUUGAAGAAGAAUUCUCCUGCUUGUGGCAGGAGUGUGGCUUUUGCUCUCUGGACAAUUCUGCUGACCUCAUUCGCCAUGUCUACUUCCACUGCUAUCACACCAAGCUGAAACAGUGGGGGCUGCAAGCCUUGCAAAGCCAAGCUGACCUCAGCCCCUGCAUCCUGGACUUCCAGAGCCGGAACGUCAUCCCUGACAUCCCUGACCAUUUCCUGUGUCUAUGGGAACAUUGCGAGAGUACCUUCGACAAUCCCGAAUGGUUCUAUCGGCACGUGGAUGCGCACAGCCUGUGCUGUGAAUACCAAGCUGUCAGCAAGGACAACCAUGUGGUGCUGUGUGGCUGGAAAGACUGUACCUGUACCUUCAAAGACCGCUGCAAACUUCGAGAACACCUCCGCAGCCAUACCCAGGAGAAGGUGGUGGCCUGUCCCACCUGUGGGGGCAUGUUUGCCAACAACACCAAGUUCUUAGAUCACAUCCGUCGCCAGACCUCACUGGAUCAGCAGCGUUUCCAGUGCUCUCACUGUUCUAAGAGGUUUGCCACAGAGAGGCUGUUGCGUGACCACAUGCGGAAUCAUGUGAAUCACUAUAAAUGCCCUUUGUGUGACAUGACCUGCCCAUUGCCUUCCUCCCUCCGAAAUCACAUGCGCUUUCGACACAGUGACGACCGGCCCUUUAAAUGUGAUUGUUGUGACUACAGUUGCAAGAAUUUGAUUGACCUCCGGAAGCACCUGGACACCCACAGCAAGGAGUCAGCCUACAGGUGUGAGUUCGAGAACUGCAGCUUCAGUGCUCGCUCUCUCAGCUCCAUCAAGUCCCAUCACCGCAAAGUGCAUGAAGGAGACUCAGAGCCAAGGUACAAAUGUCAUGUCUGUGACAAGUGCUUCACACGUGGCAACAACCUCACUGUGCACCUUCGCAAGAAGCACCAGUUCAAGUGGCCAUCGGGACACCCUCGUUUUCGGUACAAGCAGCAUGAAGAUGGCUACAUGCGACUGCAGCUGGUUCGCUAUGAGAGUGUGGAGCUGACACAGCAGCUCCUCCAGCAGCUCCAAGAAGGAUCAGAUCCGGGAGUGGCACUCAAUGAAAGCAGCCUGCAGGGCAUUGUUUUAGAAACAGUACUUGCGGGAGCAGGACCUGAGGAAGAGAUGGAAGAGGAAGAUAGGGUUGAGGGGACAGCCACCUCAGCUUCUCAGGACAACUCCAGUUCUGCUGUUCAUACGGAUGAUCAGACAGACAGCCAAGGCCAGCGAGAAAUUGUCUACUAUGUGUUGUCCGAAACCCCAGGAGAGCCCCCUCCAGUCUCUGAGCUACCCUCGAGAGCGAUGGAAAAGCUUCAAGGAGUACCUGAGAAGCCGGAGGUCCAGAUGGCGUGAGGUUGCAGAGCCUGACCUUCUUCAGACCUUGGAGUUUGAGCCAGCCAGGCAGCAUUGCCCCUGGUGGGCAGCCUUUGUUUUUGGAUGCCUUUAGAAGUGGUGCUGAGAAUAGUAUGUUCCAAUCUGACUCAGGCAACGUCAUUCUGUGGACUCUGAGUAAUUCCUCCCCUCCCCUCUCCACACUGAUGUUUGUGGGGAACCUGAGGAGUAGGAGUCAUUGAAGAAAUUCGACAUGUGUGUUCUCAUUAGUCGUGCUAGAUGCAGUGAGUAAAUGUUUAGUUCACAUCGAUUCCUGUCUUUAGGGGGUCCAUUGGCCCAGGGAUGAUGAGCGACUGUUCCUUCUGAGAGCCGAUUCCUCACUAUAAGUUAUGCCUUGAGAGGCCAGGUGGUGGAGGCGCACACCUUUACUCCCAGCACUCAGGAGGCAGAGGCAGGUGGAUCUCUCUGAGUUCAAGGCCAGCCUGGUCUGCAGAGUGAGUUCCAGGACAGGUAGACAGGCUCCAAAGCUACAGAAAAACCCUGUCUCAAAACUGCCCCCCCCCCCCGAAGAAAAGAAAAGUUACGUGUUAAGAACCAGGUGCCAUUUCUCUCUAGGUUUCCUUUUACGUUCCAGGAACACUUGUGAUUAUCUUAAGGCUCAGGAUUGGAGACUGUGUGUAUGACAGUUGUUUUUGGUAAUAAACCACUUGGGCUGUUACUUAUUUCUCAAAUUUGGUGGCAGUUUCCUAGGUAACAGAUAUAGUUGUCUAGAAGUGGGGCUGAAUAACUAGGCUUACCCCUUUAGAGACCAGGGUGGUUUCUUUAACUCUCAUGUACCCGUUUGAAGUUUGUCCAUUGCUUCCAGAGCAUCUACCAGCUUUGUGGAAGGAGGCCCAGUACUUGUCCAUGGUAUAAUACUAGCAGUGUUACAGAAUGGAUAUGAACGGCCCUGGGACUGCACCCUUAGUCCUAGUUAGAACCCUGUGCCUCUAGAGCAGGCUGGGUUUCUGGAACUGCAAAGGCUCUGAAGUAGAGGUGGGUUGGGAGGUCACCCAGAGACUGCCAAGUGCUCAGGGGCCAGGAGUCAAGCUAGAAAACUGUGUCUACAUUUUCCUAGAGAGUGGAUCUAUUUUCAUUGGAUUAAAAAUGUUCUUAUGAAUAUUA